GAAAAAAAAAGAAACAAGUAGUCGUAGUCGAGGCGUUCGUGGAAACAGGAAGCAAAGAGGGGGAAAGCCAAGCAGAGGUUGUUGUUGUUACAAAAAAAAUUUAAGAAGGGAGCGCUCUGUCUUUUCCCUCCCAGCUAUUUUGAGCUCUUUAAACUAACAGUGCAGCCGCGGACUUUCAGUCCGUUGCUUGGACACCGCUGAAGGAGAGAAGCUCGCGCGCUUCGCGGACCAACGGCUACCUGAUCAGGGGUGUCGGUUUAUUUGCCCUCCCUCACCGUCCACCACACUGGAAUUAACCCCACUUUACUGAUACCGUAUUAUUUUAAAGGCAGGGCGUGCCAUUCCACCUUUUAAACGUGGCCCUGGUCGUUUUACUGGAGUGUUUUGGCGUUUGAAGAAGUCUUCAGUCUGUCUGACAAGAACGGUGCAAGCGCAGGCAGCCUGAGCUAACGCGAGCUAGCGACUUAGCUGCUAAUGUCAACUAACAUGGAGGGAGAGGUGCAUGUGUUACAUAACAACCAAACGCAAUUAAACCACCGACUUUUGACACCCAGCAAGCACAGUUAUGGACGUGAAUUAAUCUCCAAAGAAUAAAACGGCCCAUAAACACAUUUAUUUGGCAGAGAUGGAGUCGAACCCGCUGAUCAUUGCAAUGGAUCCGUCCAUUACAUUGUGGCAGUUCCUGCUACACCUGCUGGAUGAUCAGAGUCAGAAGCAUUUGAUCUCCUGGACAUCUGGGGAUGGAGAGUUCAAACUGCUGGAUGCCGAGGAGGUGGCCAGACUCUGGGGGCUGCGCAAGAACAAAACCAACAUGAACUAUGAUAAACUGAGCAGGGCACUUCGUUACUACUAUGACAAGAAUAUUAUUAAGAAAGUUAGCGGCCAGAAGUUUGUCUACAAGUUUGUGACCUUUCCGGAUCCCAACUCUGCUGAUGGGCUGAAAGGGCCUGAGGAUUCCCAGAGGGCCACUACAGGGGAGAAAUUGGAGCUUUCCAUUCAGACCAAAUCUAACACCACCAACCCGUGUCUCUCCAAGAGCCUGCAGGUUCAGCACUCCUCUCCUAGCUCAGUGCAACGCAGCUCCCGCAACGAUUACAUGAAGUCUGGUCUCUACUCCACUUUCACUAUCCAGUCCCUGCAGACGCCCUACAAAACCACAUCCAAAUUCAUCAAAACAGAGCACGUCCUGAGUGACUGCAGCCCCAAUCCUGCCCCUCUGGACUGCACAGUGCAUGAGAUGCGAAUGUGUCAGACAGAAGGACAGCAGGGAACUGUUCAGGCCCAGUCGGCUGUAGAGAGCAGCAGUCUGCAGGUGAUAGUGACCCACCCGUCCCCAUGUGCUACUCCCGCCCUCAGCCCACAGACGUCCUCUGGAUCUGCCAUGGCAACCACGAAUACUCAAGCACAGAAGAGCCAGAGUUUGGGUGACCCACCCCAGAUCUACCUGUCUGAUUCCAGCUCUCUGACCUCGCUCAUUCCUCUAGCUCAUGGAGAAUGUAUAGUCAACCAUUCUCAGCCUGUGUUUGUGGUCAUAAAGCCUUCGCCAGUCGGGCUGCCCAAAGAGUCCAGCCUCCCGCCUGAAGACGACUUGCUGGAGAUUGUCCAUUUGGAUGACAAAACAGAUGUUGAGCCAGUGUCCACAGUGCCUGUCCCUGGAGUUACAGAUGCCCCUAUCCCUGUGGAUGCUCCAUCACCCUGUGUGGAGCCAGUAUCCCAGCCGGUUGGAGAAGGGGAAGUGAAAGAGAAGCCUGAGCUACCCGAGGACACCAAUACUGCAUCAGCCUCCCUCCCAGCAAGCACGCAGGAAGUACAGCCUCCUAAAUCAAAGAAGCCCCGAGUGCUGGAACUGCCAUCUUCGUCUACGCUGCUGCCCCCUGGACUCUCACUGGAUAAGGUCAAUGCAGCAGUGAACAGCCUGCUGGCCUCUGGCAGUGCCACAAACACCUUAACACCCACAGUCAUCACCUCCCAUGCCCUGACUCCAGUGCUGUUGACACCGAGUCCGCUGCCAUCAACCAUUCACUUCUGGAGCACUCUCAGUCCAAUCGCUCCACGCAGCCCUGCCAAGCUCUCCUUUCAGUUCCCCUCCAACGGAAGCAAUCAGAUCCAGAUCCCAGCACUGAGCGUGGAUGGCCUAUCCACACCUGUCGUUCUCUCCCCUGGACCACAGAAACCAUAACUUGCGAUUUAAUUCCCUUAUCUCCUGCCGUGGUGAUUGGCUCCCUCCCCAGCCAAUGAAACGCUGAGGACGGCCAAUGAAAGAUGGGACACUCCAUAUCAAGUUCUGCUGUGAGUUGGGCGGGGCUUCUGCUCCAAUGUUGACUCGGGAGGAGUGCGCUCUCAGCCGGCCUUCACGAUUGGUUGACAGAGCGGCCCGAUUCUGGGCUUGAUGGUGGCAUUUCAUAGACUAUUUGCUCUUUUGAUUUUCCUUUGCCUUUUAUAUGAUCAUCAUGGACGGUUAUUUAUUUAUUUCUGAUGUUUCUUGGUGCAUCGUGAGAUGCAUAUACCAGAAUGCUCAUGUGAACUUGGAACUCGGCGAUCUCAAUUUUAUUUUUGAUUUCUCACCGUAACAUUAUGAGUUAUGGACCAGACGAGGUAUCCUUUGAUUGAAUCAAGGCAUAAAAUGAUAUUUACUUCACAGAUGGAGCAUGCAAGUUAAUUUCUUUCUUCGGCAUUACAGAGACACAAAUACAUCAUUUAUAGUAACACUGUUAUUUAAACAUUUUGUGUUUUUUUUCCAUGGACAAAGGAGUCCAUUUUCCUAAAGUGGCAUUGAAAAUGCCAGAGGAAUGUAACAGCCAUUCCCAGGAUUUGAAGAGGUGGAACCAGGGAGGAAAAGAUACAAAGAGAUUCUGAGUGAUAUCAUGAUCUGGAAUGUAUCAAUCUUUUUCUUCUAUUGCAUCAUUCCUUUAUUUCAGAACCUUCUUCUUGUAGAUAUAUGUUGCACCCAUUCCAAGAUUUGAAAGAUUGAAUUUUGUAUUCUUGCUUUUCUGUUUUUGUUGUUGUCUUUAGUAAUUCUAUCAAGGAGCCCUUUCUCUGGCAGCAUUGACAAUGCAGGUGAAGGUUUCAGAAGUGUCGCAGUGAAGCUUUGCAGUUUCAUGCUUUUUUUUUUCUUUAAAAGAAAACACCAGAGGAGACCAAAGACCAGCUGUUUAUAUACAAUCCAUCUUAGCAUCUCUAUCCUUUUUUUUCUCUUGUUUCGCAUUUUCUCUCGCUCUCGUCUUUUUAUUUUUACACUGCCGCAUUAAAGGGCUAUAAGAACCUUCACGCAACCAAAACCCUCUCACUUCUGACACUGUAUAUAACUGAUACAUCUAACUCGCCAGCUAUAAGUGUAAAACACAUUAAUCCUUGUAAAUAAAGUAAUUUAUGGCAGAACAGGAAGUAUGUAGCUUCAGCUGCUUUCGAUGUUGUUAGUAGUUUUGUGCAGCCUGCCUCUUAUGCUAUGUUCGUCUGAUGUGUUAAAAUCACACUCACGGUUGUUACCGCAAAGCUGUCAACAGCUCGACGUGUCAAAGCAGGCACGCAAAUACGUAUCAACUGACAAACAAAGUCAACAAUUAUUUGCAUGUCUUCUUGUGCUUGUAGUUUCUCAAGUUUCCUGUGGAGAAAUCAUGGUGGUUAUAUAUAGAGUUCUGCAGAAAGCUGUAGUCAGUGUUUAUGGACAGUAACUGCCUCCACUGCAUACAGCCUUUUCUGUACGGCCGUUUAUAUCAUUUCAUUUGACCUGAGUUUGCUGAACUCACACAUAACAUCCUUGUUUUCCGUUUUAAGAACAUUUGGGCAACAGUGUCUUUCACUUUAGAACAUUUUGGCUCUUUAAGUUGGUGCUUUUUGUUGUUUUAAAGAGUGUUCUGGUUUGAUAUCUGCGUAAUUGUAAUGAACUUGGGAGGAUUUGCUGGUAGCAUGCUGCAAUUGCUUACGCUUGUCACCUCUCAGAUUGUUCUCUCCUGCAUUUUGUGCACCUCAUGGCUGAUUUGUUACAUGGACCAAUGCGAACUGUUCUUUUCUCAGUGAAUGACUGUUUGUUUUAAGAUGAAGCACUUGAGAAAAGCCUUGAAGAUCAGUAAAUGUUCACCACAGCUCUUGGUGUCCUUUUAAUAUGUACCGAUGAUGUCAUGGACGCCCACAAGUCGACACAUUGAAUGUUCUGUUCGGGGGGCAUUUUGGGAGUCACCCCCUCACGUUUCCACGUGCUAAGCUCGGUGAACUGAUAUCAGCUUAACCUCCUGAGACCCUGCAUCCUCAUAUGAGGACAUUAUAUUUUAGUGAAUUUCUC